AUGAAGCCUCUCCUGCCCGGUCUAAAAAUGGAACGUUCAAGCCAAGGGUCCUCAAGCCUGCCAGCGCCAGCCGCACAAACGCUCGCUGUCACGAUCGAGCUCGUCGGAGAUGCGUCGACAACGGGAAGGGAUCUACACCAACAAAGGGAACUUGUCACCGGCGCAGUGUACCCUUCUGGGAGAAAGAAUGGAAGGGUCUUCGAACUUUCGAAGGAUGGGAGCGUGGCAGUCCCAGGAGGACGGUUAAGACAUUCACCUUGGAAUGCGAGGCAUGCCGCGCAGCGGAGCAUUACCAUUCUUCAGGAAACGGCUUGA